UACCAUGAGCCCAUCUCAGAUCAACGAAGAUCAGCACGCCAGGCGCGAGAUCACAGGCCAACGGCCCACCCCUCUCAAGAUCAACAAGGACUCUCACCUCAUCCACAAACCAUCCUCCUCCUCCUCAUCAUCAUCCUCAGCUUCAUCUUCUCUCUCAAACACCGCAACGGCAGCCAAGCAGCAACGCCAUCCUGUCAUCAUCUACACCCACUCGCCAAAGAUCAUCCACACGCAGGCGCGUGACUUCAUGGCCCUGGUGCAGAAACUCACCGGAUUAUCUCAUUCCGACGAAGAAAUCCCUGCACCUGCAGCACAAGGCCCGGAGGUAGGAUCUGCUCCGUCCGAGGUGAACAAUGGUGGGAGGAUGAGCGGCCGUGAUGACGGCGAGUUAUCCUCAAUUGUAACGGAUGAGAUUUGCGGUGUAAGCGAUGUGCAGAUAAGCUCGUCGGUCGCACCUGCUUUCGACCCGCCAAACCCGUUCUUCUCCGAAGUUCCGUUCUUCACACCGAAUUCCUCCGAUUUGUUUUGCUCCUCCAGGCCGAUUUACAGGUACCCAGAUUCAGUGUUCUCUCCUUCAAAUAUGGGGAGCUCAAUCUCGCCAUCGAUGAUGGAGGUUCUGAAAGCAUUUCCAGAAUAUUGAAAUUCAAAUGAGUUUGGCUUUUAUGAGAGAAUUCGAGGGCUAAAUUCUCUAUACAUGUCAGAUUUUGUCAGAUUUUCUUGUUAAUAGAUGGGCUUGUUUCCAUUUUCUUUUU